CCCGGAAGUUCCGGCUUUCCAAGGGGCACGGUGGAUUCGGCUCUGUUGCUCUCUAUUCGUCACCGAGAGGAAGACGGAGCCGGCCGCCUAGCCCAAAGGCCCAUUAGGGGAUGCAGUUAUGGGCGCUGUCACCGUGGCAAUUAGGAUUCGCCUUUCAAGUGUUCCUUUGGAGUGUGAGCUACUGCAACCAGAUUUACUAGUGCUGUCUUCAUUACUGCAGACUUCUGACUUCUUCGUUCUUCUUCCUUUUCUUCUUCACCAGAACUUGUUCGCUUCAUUCUUUUGUACCUACCUUUUGCACAUUGUAACCAUCCUUUAUGCCUCAGUAAUGAGAGUCAGUAUUGCCAAAGCAUUUGGGCCAAACUAUGAAGGACUGUGAUGGUAAAGUUGAGGAAUAUGGACUUGGAAAUUAUUAAAGGCUUUCAGUGAAGAGAGUGAUGUGAUUAAAAAUGGCAUUAUUGGAAAACGAAUCUGGUACUGGAAUGCAGCACAGAUUAGAGGGAGUUGGAGUGGAGGCCAGAACUUGGGUACUAUUUUUUUCUAAGAUCUACAGUUAAAUGUUUAUCUUUAAGAUUGUUAUUUUGUGUCAGUAAAUAAUCCAUAAAGUGCCAGCAUGGGAAAGAAACGGACAAAGGGAAAAACUGUUCCAACUGAUGAUUCCUCUGAAUCUUCAGAACCUAUAUGUAGACACAUUAGAAAAGGAUUGGAACAAGGUAAUUUGAAAAAGGCUUUAGUCAAUGUGGAAUGGAAUAUUUGUCAAGACUGUAAGACGGACAACAAAGUAAAAGAUAAAUCUGAAGAAGAAACAGAAGAAAAUCCUUCAGUUUGGCUAUGUCUUAAAUGUGGCCAUCAGGGCUGUGGCAGAAAUUCUCAGGAGCAGCAUGCUUUGAAGCACUAUAUGAUACCAAGAUCAGAGCCACACUGUCUGGUUCUCAGUUUGGACAACUGGAGUGUGUGGUGUUACCUCUGUGAUAAUGAAGUCCAGUAUAGUAGUUCAAACCGAUUGGGCCAAGUGGUUGAUUAUGUUAGAAAACAAGCUGGUACUAUAAUUCCCAAACCAGCAGACAGGGAUAAUGGAAACAUUGAACUUGAAAACAAAAAAUUAGAAAAAGAGAGUAAAAAUGAACAAGAAAGAGAAAAGAAGGAAAACAUGACUAAAGAAAAUCCACCCAUGAAUUCUUCCCAAAUAACCGUGAAAGGACUCAGUAAUUUGGGAAAUACAUGUUUCUUCAAUGCAGUUAUGCAGAAUUUGUCACAAACACCAGUGCUUAGAGAGUUACUGAAAGAAGUGAAAAUGUCUGGAACAAUUGUAAAAAUUGAACCACCUGAUUUGGCACUAACAGAACCUUUAGAAGUAAACCUUGAGCCUCCAGGUCCUCUUACUUUAGCCAUGAGCCAGUUUCUUAAUGAGAUGCAAGAGACCAAAAAGGGAAUUGUGACACCUAAAGAACUCUUUGCUCAGGUCUGUAAAAAAGCAGUGCGGUUUAAGGGCUACCAGCAGCAAGACAGCCAGGAGCUACUUCGCUAUUUACUGGAUGGGAUGAGAGCAGAAGAACACCAAAGAGUGAGUAAAGGAAUUCUUAAAGCAUUUGGUAAUUCUACUGAAAAAUUGGAUGAAGAACUAAAAAAUAAAGUUAAAGAUUAUGAAAAGAAAAAAUCAAUACCAAGUUUUGUGGACCGUAUCUUUGGUGGUGAACUGACUAGUACAAUCAUGUGUGAUGAGUGUAGCACUGUUUCUUUGGUUCAUGAAUCUUUCCUUGAUUUGUCUCUCCCAGUUUUAGAUGAUCAGAGUGGUAAGAAAAGUAUAAAUGAUAAAAAUCUGAAAAAGACAAUGGAGGAUGAAGAUAAAGACAGUGAGGAAGAAAAAGAUAAUGACAGUUACAUAAAAGAGAGACAUGAUAUUCCUUCAGGAACAAGUAAGCACUUACAGAAAAAAGCAAAGAAGCAAGCCAAAAAGCAAGCCAAGAACCAACGAAGGCAACAAAAAAUUCAAGGAAAAGUUCUUCAUUUAAAUGAUAUCUGUACCAUUGACCAUCCUGAAGACAAUGAAUGUGAGGCUGAAAUGUCACUUCAGGAAGAAGUAGAAAUUAAAUCCAACCAUAUUUCACAAGAGGAAGUUACACAUAAAGAAUUUUGUGUUAAUCAGAAAGAUUUGAACGGACAAGAAAAAAUGAUAGAAAAUAUAACUGACAAUCAAAAGUCCAUAGAGGAAAUAGAUAUUAAAAAUAUCGAUAUGGAUAAUGAUCUGGAGGAAUUGGCAUCAUCUACCUCUGAAUGUACUAGGAAUUUAAAUGGUACCUUUCUGAAAGAAGGGAGUAAUGGAGAGGUGGACAUUUCCAGUGGUUUCAAAAACCUUAACUUAAAUGCUGUUCUUCAACCUGAUGAAAUAGAUAUAGAGAUUCUGAAUGACAGUCAUACUUCUGGGACAAAAGUAUAUGAGGUUGUAAAUGAAGAUCCAGAAACUGCUUUCUGUACUCUUGCAAAUAGAGACACUUUGAACACUGAUGAGUGUUCAGUUCAAUAUUGUUUAUAUCAGUUCACCCGUAAUGAGAAACUUCGAGAUGCAAAUAAACUGCUUUGUGAAGUAUGCACACGGAGGCAAUAUAAUGGACCAAAGGCAAAUACAAAAGGUGAAAGAAAACAUGUUUAUACCAAUGCCAAAAAGCAGAUGCUAAUUUCUCUUGCUCCUCCUGUUCUCACUCUUCAUUUAAAGAGAUUUCAGCAGGCUGGUUUCAACCUACGCAAAGUUAACAAACACAUAAAGUUUCCGGAAAUCUUAGAUUUGGCUCCUUUUUGUACCCUUAAAUGUAAGAAUGUUGCAGAAGAAAACACAAGAGUACUAUAUUCAUUAUAUGGAGUUGUUGAACACAGUGGUACCAUGAGAUCGGGUCAUUACACUGCCUAUGCCAAGGCAAGAACUGCAAAUAGUCAUCUCUCUAAUCUCAUUCUUCAUGGAGAUAUUCCACAAGAUUUUGAAAUGGAAUCAACCAAAGGGCAGUGGUUUCACAUCAGCGACACACAUGUGCAAGCUGUGCCUACAGCUAAAGUUCUAAACUCACAAGCAUACCUCUUAUUCUAUGAGAGAAUACUGUAACAACAAAAAAGUGCUUUCUUUGGAAAUGCAUUUGUGGCUUUUUUUAAAUGGCUGUUAUUAGUAACAAUAAAAAAUUAAAGACUAUAAAUCAUGUUCACUUAAUACUAAAUACCUGACAGAAGAAAUCAUGUUUAUUUAAGUAUCAAAGGGAAAGCACUUAAAAAUUCAGUGAUUUUUUUUUUUUUUGUAUUGUCAUAGUGGUUUUUAUUCUCGCUUCAUUUCUGAAAAGUAAAUUUGAAUUAUUUAAUUCCUCUGUGCUUAAUGUUUGGGUGGUGAAUCAUGACCCAUCAAUAAACUGACUUCCCCCAAAA